UUACAGCACUGGACCUGCCCUUCAACGAGAAGCCCCACACGCCAAACGCAAUUGAUAAGUAUCGGUUAAGUUUUAAUACUCAUAGCAAAACUUAAACUUAAGUUAAAAAAGGUAAUUGAACAACUUCCAAGUUACAUAGAAGGCUUUAUAAAUUUGUUGAACGAGUGAACCAAAUAUUUAGCAAUUGCGCGUUAAAGUCCACGGGAUUCCACAGACGGCUGAUCACUGGAGAACGAGCCAAGUGCAAAUCGAGGAUUCAUGCAAAUUCAUAAAAUCAUAGGCGUGCCUUUAAGCGAUGGAGUCACAGCCGGAACUCAGAACCCCCUGGUAUACCAACGAGCUCCAAAGACGGUAAUGCGCACAGCUCGGACGCACUCAAGGGACAACAGAGAAGGAAAUGUAUCACGCUCUUUAAAGCAAGGAGAGAAAAAAGGAAGGCAGAAGUGACGACUAUCUUUGCAAGAAGCUACUCAUCUCAUCUCCCAAUAAAGGACCGUCAUCCCGAGUUAGCAGCCUUCAUUUCCUUACUGCGCGCAGAGUAGCCUAUUAAUUGUAUUUAUGUUACAGUUUAAUUGAGGAGAUACGUCACACUUACUGAACAUACAGAUGUGCAUGGAUGAAGUGGACAUUUCCCCUUUAUAAGUCUUCGGUCACCGUGCGUAAAAUCCGUGUUUAGUUUCGGACCUGUCUCUUAAGAAACUUUACAUAAUCAAGCCGUUUAGUUUCCGUAUCACAAUGUCUGAAGAAGAUAAUAGUUGCACUGGUGCUAGUCCUGUUACAGAGAUUGAAAGCAGCAAUAUCAGCGUUCUCGGCUGGGAACAAGUGCAGCGCCUUGAUGCAAUCCUGACGGAGACCAUCCCCAUUCACGGCAGGGGAAAUUUCCCUACUUUGGAGAUGAAACCACGACAAAUAGUGAAAGUGGUGCGUAGUCGCAUGGAGGAAAGGAACAUCCACGUCCGGGACGUGCGGUUAAACGGGUCUGCCGCAAGCCACGUUCUUCAUGAGGAUAGCGGAUUGGGGUACAAGGACCUUGACCUAAUCUUUUGCGCGGAUAUGAAAGGGGAAAGCGAUUUUCAGAUUGUGAAGGAUAUCGUUUUGGACUGUCUCCUGGAUUUCCUACCUGACGGAGUAAAUAAGCAAAAAAUAUCACCGUUGACAUUAAAGGAGGCCUAUGUGCAGAAGAUGGUGAAGGUGUGCAAUGAUUCAGACCGCUGGAGCCUCAUCUCCCUCUCCAACAACCGAGGCAAGAAUGUGGAGCUGAAAUUCGUGGAUUCCCUGAGGCGGCAGUUUGAGUUCAGCGUGGACUCCUUCCAGAUCAAGCUGGACUCACUGCUGCUCUUCUAUGAAUGCUCAGAAAACCCCAUGGCCGAGACAUUUCACCCCACCAUUGUAGGUGAGAGCGUGUUCGGGGACUUCGGUGCUGCCCUCGACCACCUACGACACAAGGUGAUCUGCACGCGCAACCCGGAAGAGAUCCGGGGCGGCGGCCUGCUCAAGUACUGUCACCUGCUGGUGAGGGGCUUCCACGCCGACUCCGAGACGGAGAUGAAGUCCCUGCAGCGGUACAUGUGCUCGCGCUUUUUCAUCGACUUCUCGGAUAUCAGCGAGCAGCAGCGCAAGCUGGAGUCCUACCUGCAGAACCACUUUGUGGGCCUGGAGGACCGCAAGUACGACUACCUGAUGACCCUGCAUGGGGUGGUAAAUGAGAGUACGGUGUGCCUAAUGGGUCACGAGAGGCGGCAGACACUAGGGCUGAUCGCCAUGCUGGCUGUGCGGGUGCUGGCUGAGCAGAAUGUCAUCCCCAACGUUGCUAAUGUCACCUGUUAUUACCAGCCAGCCCCCUACGUAACAGAUGGUAACUUCAGUAACUACUACAUUGCCCAGGUGCAGCCCAUGUUUCAUUGCCAGCAGCACGCCUACUCCACCUGGCUACCCUGCAACUGAGACUGCACAGAGAAAGGAAGGCGUGAGAGAGAGAGAGAGAGAGAGAGAGAGAGAAGGAAAGAAAGAAAGAAAGAAAGAAAGAA